AUGGGUAUCACAAAGCUGGUAAAACUUAAGCUCGGCUGGUUAAACUCAAGCUCAGCUGAGCUUGCCGACAAUAUGGGAGAAGACGCUAAGCAGGCUUUAGUCAAAGGGCUGACAUCUACCCCGAAGUACAUCCCUUCUUGGUACUCAUACGACGAGACUGGGUCGGAACUUGGUUUUAAAUGUACCGUCGAAAAUCCUGGCUAUUAUUUCUCAAGGAGUGAGACGUGUACGCUGCAAAAUUAUGUACAGGAUAUCAUUCCUCGCGUUCCUUAUGGACUGACCUUGAUCGACAUAGGAAGCGGUAAUUGUAAAAAAACAAAAUUUGUUAUCAACGAACUGUUACAAAGACAAAACGGGCUGUCGUAUUAUCCAGUAGAUAUUUCCGAAGAGUUUCUGCUAAAAUCAGUAAAGGACCUAUCAGAGGAAUACGAUGACUCGCUUGUGAUAACACCUAUACCUGCAGACUACGAAAAAGGAAUAGAGCAACUGAAGAAUAUGGAAGGCCCUAAAGUGAUACUGUUUUUCGGCUGCCUUAUCAGUCUGUCGUUUGAAGACCAGGUGAAUACCUUAAGAAUGAUAUCCACCAUCAUGACAGCUAAAUGUCGACUUGUGUUCAGUGCUGAUAUCACACAAAACAGAGAAGCUGUUUUAAAGGCCUAUAAUGAUGACGCAGGUUUUCAACAGAAGUUCAGACAAAAUGGUAUUACACGGUUGAACAAGGAGGAAGGCAGUCAGAUAGAUAUGGACGUGUUCAAAUAUGAGGCCGAUUUUAUACAGAACAGCAGUUCCAAGUACAUGAGCUACGUGACGGGCUAUGUUACGGCUAAAGGCGCUGUUCUUUACCCUAUACCUGGACUUGGCAUCGAUUUGAGGAUGGAGAAAGGGGAACGGCUUUAUUUGCAUGAAGGCGCUGGAAUUAGUUGCAAAUACACGUUACAACAGCUACAGAAUAUUGUCGAGAAAGCUGGACUCCGUCUAGAGGAGACUUGGACUGAUGAAGAACGUCACGCGGUCCUAUGUAGGUGUAAAAUUGUAUGAACGCCUCCACCUGUCAGGAACUUUGAUGGACAACACAUGCCAUGCUUUCUGUCUGCAAUUGAUACGAUAAACGGCCAUCUUGUGAGUGGCUGGUAUUAGAAAUUUGUUCGAUUUACAAUAGGAAAUAGGAAUGUAGAUGCUUUUUUGGUUCUGUGAUAUAUUCUGUGAAAAACAGGGGUGCUUGACGUCCCCAGCCCUUUUCCAUUUACAUUAAUGAUUUGAUCAACGAACUACGAGAUUCAGAACUUGGCAUAUACAUUGAUGUGAUGACAUUAAGCGUCCGAUCCUACAAAACUACAAGAACUGUAAAAUAUAGUUACAAACUGGUGUCGUAAAUGGCGACUGUCUAUUAACCAAGAUAAGACCAAAGUCAUACACUUCGGUCCAAAUUCAAAAGACUCUACACAGAUUGUUUUUCAUUGUGUCGGAAAAGUAUUAAAUAUAGUUGAGUACAAAUACAUGUAUUAGGAAUUUGGCUUGAUGAACACUUAUAUUUGAAAUUGGCGGUUCGUGAACUUUCAAAGUCAUCGGGAAGAGCCCUGGGAGUUAUCACGUCCUAAUUUAUAAACUCUGGUGGUUCAUCUUACUCUGUUCACAAAGCGGUACGAAUCAGUUUGAGGAUCGUUUUUGUUUCACUUAGUUUAAACAUUUUAUUGCUUCUAAAUUCAAGCAAGAAGAUUGGGCACAAAUUAUGACAACUUAUAAAAGCCCUCUCCUCAACAAUUGUACUACAACAAUGUCAUAGCGACAAUAGACAUUUAUGUUUUUUAAGCAUGCAGUAUUUUGCUAUUUGGUAAAUAAUAUACAGAAUAGAGCAAUGCGAAUACAUUUUGUUGUCAUGAGGAAUACUUCCAACAUCGAUAAGAGGGGCGAAAUGAUAUGGAUGUCCUGCUUUGCUAAGCAACAUGUCAAAAGUAUAACGAUUGUUGUGUAAACUAAAUCAAUUAAUGAUGACAGACUUCUGUAUAAAUGUUAUUAAUGGUCUAAAAGAAACGGAGAGCAUGGGAAA